GAAAAUGCCAACUGUUUCCGUUCCUCCACACCUUGACUGAAACAGUCGCAGUGAACGAUCUUAACCCACAGGUACUAAGCGAACUCCGUUUAGUGGACUGCAUGUAGAGUUUAAAGGUUAGGAGACUGGGUGUCUCCCUGACUGCAGACUCUUCUCCUGUAAACAAACAACGCUACACGCGUUAGCCCAGCGUUAGCCUGCAAUCAGGAAAUAGACGGAGACGGCUAAACAGAGAUAACAACAACACACCUAUUUAAAGAAAACAUGUCUGCAUGUAGUAAUAGAUUAUUUUCUAUUCAAGUAUCUAACAUCUAAAGUUUCUCCUGGUGCCCAACGAAGCUACUAACAGGCUAACUCCUUACAGAUACUGUCUUAAAGGAGUGUUUCAGGAGAACAAAGUGAUUGUGGGAAGAUGUCUAAAAUCAGGACACUGAGAUCUUUUGUCAACCAGAGACUGACUGCGGCUGCUGACGAGAUAUUUGAGCUGUUUGAAAGAACGAUAGCGGAGUACGAGGAGCAGCUCAGUCGAUUAAAGGAAGAUCAACACAAACCACAGGAUCAUGUUUACGAGCCUGAAGUCCUGGCACACAGAUCAGAUUUCAAGCAAAAAUGUGUGAGUGAAGACGUUCCCCCAAAGCAGCAGGAGUGCAGCCACAGUCUGGUCCAGGAGGAACCACCAGAACCACCACACAUCAAAAAGGAACAAGUGGACGCCUGGAGCAGUCAGGAAGGAGAGCAGCUUCAAGAGCCAGAGGAGGCUGAUAUCAUCAAGUUCACUUUUUUUCCUGUGAAGAGUGAAGAAGAAGAAGAUGAUGAAGAGAAACAUCAGUCCCCUCAGUUUCAACAAACCCAAACUGAUCAGACCAGAGAUGAAUAUUCAAAAACAGAAGCUGAUGGAGAGGACUGUGGAGGAUCAGAACCAACUAGAGAGUUAAGUCCAGACAGUCAUUCACAGCCUGUUACUCAUGAAGAGACCUCCCACUCCUCUGAGACUGUGACUGACGAUAGUAACUGUGAUUGGGAGACCAGUGAACCUCAGGAAGGUUUGGACCCUCUUCAAAACAGUGAAGUUCCUGUAAGUGACAAGGAGUUUAAUACUGAAAAUACGUCCGUUAGCUUAUCUGGAUGUGCUACAAGCUUUGCCCAAAAGAAACAGAAGAAACACAAACGAAUCCAAAAAGGAGAGAAACCAUUUAGUUGCUCAGUUUGUGGUAACAGAUACUACAUAAAAACCUCAUUAACAACUCAUAUGAAACUUCACUCCGAGGGGAAACGUUUCAGCUGCUCAUUUUGUCACAAGACUUUUCUAGCAAGAGCAGAGAUGGUAACACACAUGAGAGUUCACACAGGGGAGAAACCCUUCGGUUGCUCCAUCUGUGGCAUAAGGUUUGCACAAAGCUCAAACUUGACCUCACAUUUAAGAGUUCACACUGGAGAGAAACCCUUCAGCUGCUCAGUUUGUCAAACAAGUUUUAGUCUUAGAAACAACUUACUUUUACACAUGAGAAUCCACACUGGAGAGAAACCGUUCAGUUGUUCAGUUUGUGGUAAAAGAUUUGCUUUACAUGGAAAUUUAAGGCGACACUCGACUGUGCACACAGGAGAGAAACAAUACAGUUGUUCCAUUUGUGGUCAAAGUUUCACACAACAUGGAACUCUAAAAAGACACAUGACUGUUCACACAGGAGAGAAACCAUUUAGUUGCAAUAUUUGUGAUAAAAAAUUUGCUCGACAAGAAUAUGUCAAAAAACACAAGUGUGUUGGCGAGAGCAGUGGAAUUUCAAAAUAAGACUCCAAAAUUAAGUUGUGCUUCAUCUCAUGUUCAGCUAACAGGAAGCCACAAAAUCAUUUCACUUCUGUUUUUUUUUUGUGUGUGUGUCUGUUAUUUUGUCAACAUUAACUGUGUCACAGUUCUUAUUUUUAAAAAUGUAAUCAAACAGUCUCAAUAUAUUUAGAAGAAGAAGAUACUUUAUUAAUCCUGCAAGGGGAAAAAAAAUUGUACACUGUUGUUGAACAUGCUACACACACAUGCACAAACAGGAUCCUAUGGACAUUCACUAAGGGGGCUGCCCACAGCGAGCGCUCCUGAGGUGGGUCCGGUGCCUUGCUCCAGGGCAACUCAGCAGUGCUCAGGAAGUGAACUGGCACCUCUCAAGCCACAAGACCAAUUUCCAGAUUUGGUCCGCUCUGGGACUUGAACCGGCGACCAACCAGUUCUCAACUUAUGUCCCUACAGACUGAGCUAUGGCUUCUGUCGCCUGAUCACUCUGUGUUGAAACAGAUUCGGAAUUAUGCGUACAAUAACUUGAUUUUAUUCACAUUAAUAUGAUUUAUCUUGAAUUGAAGGAGCUCUUCUGCACUUAAAUUAAUCUCAUAAUCUGUCUAACAUUAUAUGUAAUCAUUUAAUGUCCACACAUGGUCAGGCAACGCAUAUAAGCUUUUGUUAUAGCAUGGGGGGAACAUUUCACAUACAUGCAUAUUUACAAAUAAUACAUUUGAAUAUUACGGACUGCAGAUUCCUAAAUUCAUCUCAAUGCUUUUCUUUGUAUCCAAAAUAAAAUAAA